AGUUUCACGUGAACGGGGAAUCGAGAUAUCCCAUUUUAUUUUUAUAGACUUAGAUGAACAACUGUUCAUCUGUUUAGACUGUUUCGCAGUGUACACAUGUACCUGUUCCGAUCCGGCUGUUUGUUGCUAUUGCUUUUUCGUGAGUCUAUAUAAAGCUAGGGAUUUCGCGGCAGCAGCUCAUUUCGAGAAUCAAACUCUAAUUGUAAUUUGUUUGCCGUCGUCGUCGUGGUUGGAUGUACAUAGCUGCUGUCGUUGUCGUUGUCGUAGUCGCUGCCCAGUUUCGUGUUGGUUCAGUGAAUACAAACGGCUGAUGGGUAUCCACAUCCACAGCAAUCAAAGCGAUUGAAUAAUAAUAAUAGCAUAAUAUUAGCGUGAUAAUCUGAUCGGAAGUGGCGAGGGAUUUUCCUCCACAAAAACUCUUACGUGACAAGAAUUGAAAAUGUGCAACAAGCGCCACUGAGCCAGGCCUUGAUCAAACUAAAUACAAACCGAAAUACAAAAAUAUUGAACUGAACUGUGCAGCCCAUAAAUUUGGCAAUACAAAACGGACAAACAUGGUUGAGAAGGCCUCGAAUGCGUUUACGCUGGAAAAGCUCCGCAAUCUGCAGUGGGGCAAAGUGUUCAAUCUGUUCUAUAUAGAACCGGUUGUCUUCAUGCUGCUCUUCUCGCACACGCUCUCUGGCACCAUCCAGCGCAACCAGGUCAUCUACCAGACGUGCACAGUGAUAUUCCACUACAACGAGUCCGACUGCAAGCAGCUGGACGUUAAGAACGCCAGCGCCGAGAUAAAUGCCAUCGAAACGGAACUGCAGCCGUAUGUGGCCAAUCUAUUCCUCUCCCGGACCCUGCUGGAGAGCAUUGUGCCGGCCUUCUGUGGCCUGUUCAUCGGCUCCUGGUCGGACCACUAUGGCCGCAAGCCGCUGCUGAUUGUCUCGAUGAUUGGAUUUUCCGCAUCCUUCCUGAUGAUGGCCGCCAUCUGUGAGCUGUCCAGCUACUACGUGGUCAAUCCCUGGUGGUACAUUCUGGCGGCGGUGCCUCACUCGCUGCUGGGCGGCAACUGUGUCUUCUCUGUGGCCGCGUUCUGCUUCAUAUCGGACAUAACGGACUGCAAGACACGGCCCUACCGCAUGAUCUUCAUGGAGUCGCUCUUCUUCAUUGGACUGACCAGCGGCUCGCUGCUCUCCAGCUUCGUGUACGCAGGCGUUGGAGCAGCGGCGACCAUAGGUCUCUCCGGCUGUAUUUCCACCUUCGCCACGCUGUUCAUCAUCUUCUUUGUGCCCGAGAGUCUGCACAUUCGCCAGGCACAAGAUGCGAAGAAUGCCACUGCCCUCAAGGGUGACACGGUAAAGGAUAUGCCGAUGACAGCCUGCGACCUGCAGCUGGACUGCGUGGCCAUCGAUUGCCCGCCGAACAUCCUAAACGAUGAGCAGCAGGAGGAGAAACCCAAACCCUGCGAGCUGCCCACACCGGCGACGCCUGCCAUGAGCUUUGACGAGGACAUGCUGGCCAAGUACGUGGAGCGGCUGCCCGAGCGGGCCAAGAAGGCCAGGGACGAGGCGGAGGCGGCGGAGCGCAUCAAGAAGGCUGGCCUAUUCAGUUUCGUCCACAUCAAAGAUAUGAUUAACACCUGCUUCAAGCCCCGCGAACAUCAUGCUCGCGCAAUUAUUUGGCUCGUCACACUGGCCAUGUUCCUGUCCAUUUUCGUCUUUGAUGGCGUGAUGACUGUAAUGUAUUUGUUUGUGCGCGAGAAGUUCCACUGGACGGUGAGGGAUUACACAUUCUUCGAGACGGUCAGUCAUCUGGUGCCCAUGAUUGGAGCCCUCAUCGGUUUCCUUGUCCUCCGAAAGGUAUUUCGCCUGUCGGUGGUUACGCUCGGCCUGCUGGCCUUCUUCUCGGAAAUUCUCAACAAUCUGGCCAAGGGCUUUGCCACAAUGCCCUGGCACAUGUACCUCUCAGUAUCGCUGGGCGUCUUUCGCUCCAUAUCGGGACCCAUGUGCCGGACCAUUGUUUCGAAUAUCGUACCGCCAUCGGAUCUGGGCAAGAUUUUCUCCAUUAAGAAUGUUUUGCAAUCGUUUGCACCUUUUGUUGCCGCCCCGCUCUACACGCUAAUCUACAAGCAGUCCCUCACCACAUACCCGGGCCUGUUCAACUUUGUCAGCGCGUUCCUCUACCUACUCUCGUUCGUGUUCAUCGGAUGUGUGUUGCGCAUCAAGUUCAGGCACAAGCAGCACUACGCCAAGGUGCUAAAGUGAGGCACCGAACCGAUCGAUAUAUGCCUAAAUUAACAUGUGAUCAUAUCUAAGUAAUAAAACUUUACGAGUAGACCGAAUUUAAAUGCUGCAAAUUCAGACAAUUGCGU